ACCCCAGCGAAUCUCUUCCCUGCUCACUGCUGCAUCCCAAUCCCAUAAUGCAUUGCAUCGCUUGCUGCAGUCUUUCAGUACCAUCGUACGGAGGAAAAAAAAGAUACAUUGAAUAAAGAUUGAUGCUGAAUUUUACCAGGGGAUCUACAAAGUAAUCGAUGACCCAGAAGGCGUUUGCUCAUCACCUAAUGAUGGACCAUCGCUGCUUGCCUUGAUUCUGCAUCUUUUUCCCUUGUGUGCGACUCCUGGACCAGGGAUACUGCCUUCCUCUGUGAUGCAUGUUCAUGACAAAUGGCUUUGAUGCUGUGACUUAUUUUCCAUGCCUCUCCCUGCUCUUGUCUGGAUGUAACAGGAAUAGUUAUGCUUUAUCUACUGGGAUUUCCUCUGGCUCAUAUCUACAAUAGAAUCCCUGCUUUGGCUGGUUGCUGAUUUUCUCGUCGACGAUGGUGUGCAAGGUGGAAGGGAACUUAACCCACAUGUCAGUGGUCUAGGAUGGCCAGUGAAGGCUCCAAUAUCCCUAGUCCUGUGGUGCGACAGAUCGACAAGCAGUUCCUAAUCUGCAGUAUAUGCCUCGACCGCUACAAAAACCCCAAAGUUCUUCCCUGUCUGCACACGUUUUGUGAGAGGUGUUUGCAGAACUACAUUCCAGCUCACAGUUUGACCCUCUCUUGCCCAGUCUGUCGCCAGACUUCAAUUCUACCCGAGAAGGGUGUGUCUGCGCUACAGAACAACUUCUUCAUUACUAACCUGAUGGAUGUGCUGCAGAGGAGUCCAGAUAAUGGUAUUGAAGAGUCCUCCAUACUGGAGACAGUGAAUGCUGUUGCUGCUGGAAAACCUUUGUCUUGUCCCAACCAUGAUGGAAACGUAAUGGAAUUUUACUGCCAGUCAUGUGAAACUGCUAUGUGCCAAGACUGUACUGGAGGGGAGCAUGCCGAGCACCCCACGGUUCCACUCAAAGACGUGGUGGAACAACAUAAGGCAGCGCUGCAGGCUCAGCUGGAUGCCGUUAAGAAAAGGUUACCAGAAAUAGACUCAGCCCUUCAGGUCGUGUCCGAAAUCAUUAAUCAGCUAGCUACACAAAAGUCAAGCAUUGUAGAUGAAAUCCAUUCCACCUUUGAGGACUUACAGAAAACACUAAAUGUACGGAAGAGUGUCUUACUCAUGGAACUGGAAGUGAACUAUGGACUGAAACAUAAAGUCCUGCAGGCACAGCUGGACACGUUAAUUGAAGGACAGGAAAGUAUAAAAAGUUGUAGCACUUUUACAGCACAAGCACUUAACCAUGGCACAGAAACAGAAGUCUUGCUAGUGAAAAAGCAAAUGAGCGACAAGCUGAAUGAGUUGGCCGAGGAGGACUUUCCAUUACAGCCUCAUGAAAAUGACCAGUUGGACUUUAUAGUUGAAACUGAAGGACUAAAAAAAUCAAUACACAACCUUGGAACGAUACUUACUACAAACGCUGUGGCUUCUGAGACGGUGGCCACGGGUGAAGGGUUAAGGCAGAGUGUGGUUGGUCAGCCUAUGUCUGUUACAAUUACCACAAAGGACAAAGACGGGGAACUCUGUAAAACUGGCAGUGCCUACAUUUCAGCUGAGCUGUGCACCCCCGAUGGAAGUGUUACAGAUGGGGAAAUAUUAGACAAUAAGAACGGCACCUAUGAGUAUUUGUAUACAAUUCCGAAAGAGGGCGACUUUACUCUUUCUUUGAGACUGUAUGAGCAACAUAUUAAAGGAAGUCCCUUUAGGCUGAAAGUAGUAAAGUCUGCAGAUGUGUCGCCUACAACAGAAGGUGUAAAAAGGAGGGUGAAAUCUCCAGGCAGUGGGCACGUCAAACAGAAAGCUGUGAAGAGGCCAGCAAGUAUGUAUAGCACGGGCAAGAGGAAAGAAAAUCCCAUAGAAGAUGACUUGAUAUUCCGAGUUGGUACAAAGGGAAGAAACAAGGGAGAAUUUACAAAUCUCCAGGGUGUAGCUGCAUCAACUAAUGGAAAAAUCUUGAUUGCUGAUAGCAACAACCAAUGUGUCCAGAUCUUUUCAAAUGAUGGACAGUUUAAAAGUCGCUUUGGCAUCCGAGGAAGAUCACCAGGCCAACUCCAGAGGCCAACAGGAGUGGCGGUUCACCCAAGUGGUGAUAUCAUCAUAGCGGAUUAUGACAACAAGUGGGUCAGCAUAUUCUCAUCUGAUGGAAAGUUUAAGACAAAAAUUGGAUCAGGAAAAUUGAUGGGUCCUAAGGGUGUUUCUGUAGAUCGCAAUGGACAUAUCAUAGUGGUAGACAACAAAGCAUGCUGUGUGUUCAUCUUCCAGCCCAAUGGGAAAAUUGUGACCAGGUUUGGAAGUCGAGGGAAUGGAGACAAGCAGUUUGCAGGACCUCACUUUGCCGCGGUAAACAGCAACAAUGAAAUAAUUGUAACGGAUUUCCAUAACCAUUCUGUUAAGGUAUUUAACCAAGAUGGCGAGUUCAUCUUAAAGUUCGGUUCAAAUGGAGAAGGCAAUGGACAGUUUAAUGCACCAACAGGAGUAGCUGUAGAUUCCAAUGGAAAUAUCAUUGUAGCUGACUGGGGAAACAGCAGAAUACAAGUUUUUGAUGGAAGUGGAUCAUUUUUAUCCUACAUCAACACUUCUGCUGACCCACUCUAUGGUCCCCAAGGACUUGCCUUGACAUCAGAUGGUCAUGUUGUCGUAGCAGACUCUGGAAACCACUGCUUUAAGGUUUACCGGUACUUACAGUAAAUGGACAGCCACAAUUUUGUGGGAUUUUCUGCACUGGAUAUGAACCAACUUCAGGAUGGAUAAAAGCAUCUCCUCUUUUUCAUCUGAAGUGAUCGUCAAAUGACUUUCCUUUAUUUAAACUCCACUCAGCCAUGUUUACGUUUCAGCGAUGGGUCCUUUCUGUGUCAAAUGUUUCAUCGCUACACAUUAAAAAAAUAACCUUUCCAUUGUAAUAUAGGACAAUAUUAAUGUGUUAGAAGAGGUCUCUAAACACAAUUGUUUUGAAAGGAAACUCAUCUCGUGCACUUAGCUCUUAGGCCUCUUGGAGAUCUAUAAUUUACAAAUAGGAUGUUCCUCAUCUGAUCUUCCAUGUUCUACAAUAUCGAUUGUUGUCACUCAUUGUUUGCCCAGCACUGAAAUCUGGAAGCCUUUGAGACAUAUAAAUCCUGGUAGGUAUUGUAUUUAAGCAUAGGGUAAAUACAACCUUUUGUCUUUAAUAACAGUAAUGUAAUAUAGUUAAUGUACACGUGUAUUCGGGAGUAAAACUUUCCACUGUUGUCACAUUUGUAACAUUGACUUGCGUCUUCUCUACACAGCCAUUUACAAUGUAUGUGCACUUCUAUUUAUCCUGUGAACAUUAUAAAGCAUUAUUAACUAUGUGAUGUUUCAUUUCAUGCCUUUUCCAUUUUUUAUACAAAGCGAGGAAAAAAAAGUACAAUGAUAACUUUUGAUUAUGAAGCUAAAGGGGGAGAGGGGGAUUUUGAUUUCAGGUUAUAGUUAUUUCCAUUGGUGUAAUGACUUUUUUUGUUUUGUUUUGUUUUUUACAGCCUAGGACGUAUAACUGUCAGCAAUAGAAAUGUUGCAUGCUUUUUUCUUGUGAAAUGCUACUUUAGAUACUUGCAUAAUAACUGAAAGAAAAGUGGGAGUGUUGCAGCUAGUAAUAGAUAUUGCCACCUACAAAAAAAAAAUAAGCUUCUGAUUGGCUGCUGAGGAGGCAACACCCACACAUUACUUUUUGUUCAGUUGUAUACAUGUACAUUUGGUUAGUUGUAUACAUUGGUCCAUUGUACAUUAUGUCACCCAAGAAAACGAGGGCAGUGUGGGGCCUUGCUGGAUAAAUAGCCAUACGAAUUAUGGGCCAAUGUUGCAUUUCUUCAAAAUUUGAGGUACUUUAUGACUAUUUAAUUGCGCAUAUAUUUUUAUUUUAUUUAUGUGAUUUGAGUCAUCUUUAAUACCAUUUGAUAGAUAAAGUCAAAAAGAUUAAAUGUGUUAAGGCCAAAUCUGCCUUUGUACAGGCUCUGGUUUGGACUAUGUUCUGAAUGUAUUUAUAUCCAUUCCAGUUUUUGUAUACUUUCUAAUUUUUAGCGAAAGAAACAUUCGAUUUGUUGGGUUAAAUUGCUUGUUAAGCUAACCCAAAGUGAUGUGUGCCUUCACCAUGCAAUCUUUCAGCAGAACCCUUAAGAUGACACUUCAUAGGAAGGGUGCCUGCAUAAGAUGGAACAAAUAUAUUGACCAAAAAUUAAAUUACUUUUAAGUGGAGAUGACAAAAAAAUCCAUAGUCUUGUAUACAUUCAGGUUUCAAUGACCCAAUUCUUUGUAUUUCAUCACAGCCAAAGAUGAAGUCCAAAUUACACAUUUACGAUUCAUGAACAGAAAUGUCAUAUUGAUUUUAGCAGUCCAAUAAAUAUGGUAUAAUAUUAGCAGCUGUACAGUUAGGUAUUCCUCCUAAAACCCAACUCUGGGCAAACAAAAAAUGAUCUCUUGCAGUGGGGCUGUGCCCACACUGCAGUGGUUAUUUGCUUGAAUUUUUCCAGGAUCCUCCAUUCCUCCCUGCAACUAGACCAAUAGGGGUAGUGUCUGCAACCUGACAUCAAGACCAUAACCAGGUCCUUAGCCCUGCUCUGGAGAGACAGUCUAUCGCUGGAUAAUGGGGGCAGCACCAUCUGCUGGGGGAACAGAGGAUCAGGAGAGUAAAACGGUUUCUCCUUCCCCCUAGACAAAAAGAGCAAUUUCUAAUUCUCAUGUAGCUGGUCUUUAAAGCUUCAGUCUGCUUAAAAA